GUAGCGAUUCAACAAAUUCACUAAAGACUUUUCGAGUUCGACUGAUUCCAUUUUCCUCAAAGCAUACUUCUUCAUAAUCAUCUUCAAUCUCAUUUUGUUAAUUUCUGUUUCCUCGUUCAAUUCCAGUUUCUCUUACACAAACCACACCGAUUGAUCACAAUCUUAGAUAAAAUCCUCUGUUUCAUUGAGAUUACAUUACUACUCGGUAUGAUCGAGACGGUUUUCCAAUUUCUCCUACCUUCUUCUUGGGAAUUGGAACUCACUAUCGCCGUCGCACUAUUUAUCAUCGCUGCUUACUGGUUCUUUACCUACGGAGCUGAUGCUAAUCACGACAAUCAGCCUCUGCCUCAGAAUUCGUCUUUUGAUGAUGAUAAUGAUAAUGACAAGGAAAAGAUAACAGGAGAUUCUACUUACUUGAUCAAGGUUGAACUCUUAGCAGCAAAAAAUAUAAUUGCUGCCAAUAUAAAUGGAACAUCGGAUCCUUAUGCAAUGAUUACCUGUGGUAUGGAAAAGCGUUUCAGCUCAAUGAUUCCAGGUUCGAGAAAUCCUAUGUGGGGGGAAGAGUUCAACUUUCCUGUUGACAAUCUUCCUGCUCAGAUUAAUGUGACAAUAUAUGACUGGGACAUAAUUUGGAAAAGCACUGUUCUUGGCUCAGUGACUGUUCCUGUUGAAAGUCUAGGUCAGACUGGUGCUGUAUGGUAUACACUAGACAGCACCUCAGGUCAGGUUUGUCUUCACAUCAAGACCAUCAGACGAGCUGCCAAUUCGUCCAGUAGGACCUUGAAUCGAAGAAGAAGAACAACUGAGAAACAAGGAGCAACUGUUGUUUAUCAGAAACCUGGGCCUUUGCAAACAAUAUUUAAUCUCCUUCCCGACGAGGUAGUUGAGCACACCUACUCGUGUGCACUUGAGAGGUCCUUUCUCUAUCAUGGUCGCAUAUAUGUCUCUGCAUGGCACAUUUGCUUUCAUUCAAAUGUUUUCUCCAAGCAAAUGAAGAUGAUUAUACCACUUGGAGAUAUUGAUGAAAUAAGGAGGAGCCAACAUGCAGUUAUCAAUCCUGCUGUUACUAUAAUUCUUCGGGCUGGCACUGGAGGACAUGGUGUACCCCCAUUGGGGAAUCCUGAUGGUAGAGCCAGGUACAUGUUUGCAUCAUUUUGGAACAGAAAUCACGUCAUAAGAGCUUUACAGCGCCAUGUCAAGAACUACACUGCGAUGGCAGAAGCUGAGAGGAAGGAGAAGGUACAGUCAGCAAUCCGUGCCCAUAGCAGCUCUAUUGGAAACAGUGACGAGCUGGCAAAGGUUCUCAGUGAGUCUGCACCAACAAAACCUGCAAAAAUUCAGCCCUUCAUCAACGAGGAUACUCUUUCCAGCAUACAUAAUGGUGUUUUUGCAAGUACGGCUGAGCAAUUCUUUGAUAUAUUUUUGAGUGAUGGUUCAAAUUUUACAAAUGAGUAUCGAGCAGUCAGAAAGGACACAAAUCUCUCUAUUGGGCCAUGGCAUGCGGCUAAUGAAUACGAGGGUCAAGUGAGAGAGAUAAAACUGAGAGCCCUUUGUAACAGUCCAAUGUGCCCAGCAGACACUGCGAUGACAGAAUGGCAACAUGCUGUUUUGUCUCCAGAUAAGAAGAAACUGGUAUGAACUGACCCCGAGAGAAUAUAAUAAUAACUGUUAUAUGUAUCUCUAUUAGCUCUUUGAUCAGAGGAGAUGUGAACUCUUCAGGUUUUCGAGACUGUACAACAAGCACAUGAUGUUCCAUUUGGAUCUUACUUUGAGGUACAAUGUCGAUGGACUUUGGAGACUAGCUCUGAGUCGUCGAGCAAUGUGGAUGUACGAGUAGGUGCACAAUUUAAGAAAUGGUGCGUGAUGCAGUCGAAAAUCAAGUCAAGUGCAAUGAUUGAGUACAAGAAGGAGAUAGAGUUGAUACUCGAGGUGGCAAAUACGUAUCAUACUAAUAAAUUGAAGGCUUCUUCGGAUGGGGAGCUUACCAAUAAUGACACUGUAUCUAAUCAAAGAGAAGAUUGCAUGAAAGAAUGAAUGAAUGAAGUUAUUGGAUUCUUCAAAUUUUCCUAUUGUUGUUAUAUGUAAUUUGGAGCUAACAAUCUUAUAUUACAGAAGAUGAUGUUGUAAACUCACUUGUAUAUUUGUAAUCAUUUAUUUAUUUUUGUUUCUAUA